AUGACACCAUUGGCUCUGGCGCCCAUCUCAGAGACGACCGACAAAGUAGGAUUUGUCCGACGUUCAUGCUUGGUCCGUUCGUUUGAAUCGGACCAUAACAUUACUCAAAUACAAAAAAGUUCUGAGCCUUCACAACAGCAAGCCGAGAGCAGAACCAUUGUCAAGCAGACAAGGAAACCGAGGAUGAUCGCCUCUGACUCAUUACUUUCUGGUUCUGAGGGAGCCAAUAAACGUGAUUUCUUCUUUCCAGAGUCUGAUAUUCGUCUGAUUGGGUUGCCUUUACUCAAGAGUCCUGAGGUAAGUGUGAUUUGA